AUGGCUCCUUCAAAAAAUCUAAGUACUCAACAAAGAACCCAGAUCAUGCAAAAGUUAUUGUUUGCAUUAAAUAAGAAAGGUAAACCAGUGCUAGGUACAAUCAAUGCACUUGCAAUAGAAUUUCAAGUGUGUAGGAAAACAAUCACAUGUUUAUGGAAUGAAGUAAAGAAGCAGAUGAUGAAUAACAACAAAAUCAUCAAGCUCAACAGCAAGAGAGUUGACAGACAAGCAUCAAACAAAAUCCAUUUUGAUGAAGAAAAGUUCAAGGCCAUCAAAUAUGAACUGAAGUGCACUCAACAUUCAGUAGCAAAGCAGAUAGAGGUGUCACAAACAACAAUGUGUAAGUGGAAGAACAACAAAGUCAUAAGAAAGCACACAAACGCAAUCAAACCCACUUUGAAUGAAAACAACAAGCUACACUGGUUAAGUUUUGCAUUAUCUAAGUGUGAAUAUGAUGAGCAAAAUGAUGCAUUCAGGUUUAAGCCAUAUACUAACAUUGUUCACAUAGAUGAAAAACAUUUCUAUCUAACCCGGGAGACACAAACUUAUUAUCUAGCUCCGGGAGAAGUAGAACCACAUAGAGAGUGUCACUCUAAAAGGUUCAUUCCCAAAAUCAUGUUCAUAUGUGCUGUUGCAAAGCCAAUAUUUACAACUAAUGGUGAUGUAUUUUUUGAUGGUAAAAUCGGAAUAUGGCCAUUUAUUACUCAAGAGCCUGCAAAAAGAAGCUCCAAGAACAGGAAGAGGGGGGAGUUGCAAACAAAGCCAAUACAAUCAAUAACGAAAGAGCACAUUAGAGCAAUGUUUAUAACUAAUGUGCUACCAACCUUAAGAGAAAAAUGGUCACAAGGAUUGUCAAAGCACAUUUACAUUCAACAAGAUAAUGCCAAGCCAUACAUAGCACAUAAUGACAGAUUUAUUCAGGCUUUGCAAUAUCAAAAAGUUGCGUACAAUGUAACACAGUUAUUUACGGCUGUGAAUAAUGCAUUUGACAAUCUAAGUCCACACUGUUUAAGGUUUGUGUUCAUCACUUUACAAGCAUGCAUGAUAGAGGUUAUGAAAAGACAAGGGAGAUUUGAUUAUCACAUUCCUCACAUGAACAAAACAAAGGCAGCAAGGGAAGACACUUUACCAGACUAUCUAAAUAUGGAAAAACAAUUGGUUUUGUUGAUUCACUUCAACAUUUAUUCACAAAGCUAA